ACGGCUUCUAUGCACUAUGUAGUGCACUAAAUUUCUAACACACCGCUAUUUAGAAUUCAGCCAUGUUGAUAAAUAAAACAACCAGCUCAAAACAAAUACUGUUGAGAAAACUUUGACCCUGCCACAGAGGUAAUGUUAAGGGCUGUGACCAAGUGCCUUCUGACCAACCCUGUUGCUGGUGGAAGAAUGAUGUCACACGGCAGUUUCGCUGGAAAAGUUGCCAUAGUUACUGCGUCCACUGAUGGGAUUGGCUUGGCAGCUGCACAGGCGCUGGGGAGAAGCGGGGCUCACGUUGUCGUGAGCAGCCGUCGACAGGCCAACGUGGACAAGGCUGUGUCGCUGUUACGCAGCGAAAACAUCCAAGUUACCGGCACUACUUGUAACGUGGGAAACAAAGAGGAAAGAGAAAAACUGAUCGACAUGACUGUGGAGCAGUGUGGUGGUAUUGACAUACUGGUCUCUAACGCAGCUGUGAACCCGUUCUUUGGAAACAUCUUAGAAUCCACAGACGAGGUCUGGACUAAGAUAUUAGAUGUGAAUGUGAAGAGUUCUUUCCUUCUGACCAAACUUGUCGUGCCUCACAUGCAGAAAAGAGGAGGAGGCUCAGUGGUGUUUGUAUCUUCAAUAGGAGGCUACCAGCCAAUGGCGGGUCUGGGUCCGUACUGUGUGAGUAAGACAGCACUGUUGGGUCUAACUCGAGCUCUCGCUCCUGAACUCGCUCACAGUAACAUCAGGGUCAACUGUGUGGCUCCAGGAAUCAUCAAGACACGCUUCAGUUCUGCUAUUUGGCAGAGUGAAGAAAUCACCUCAGAGUUUCUGAAGAUGCUAUGCAUUAAAAGGUUGGGGAAACCAGAGGACAUCGGAGGAGUGAUUGCUUUCUUGUGUUCAGACGAGGCCUCAUACAUCACCGGAGAGACUAUUACUGUCACAGGUGGCAUCAACUGCAGACUAUAAAGGGGACGAUGUGUCAGGACAGGCGCAGGACAUAGAAAAAUGACUUGAUAAGCAAUUAGAAAAUAAUCACACAUUUUUGUAUAAAAUUGUUCUACAGAUAUUCAAAUGUAUAAUUUAGUAUUAUUAGGGGCAUAUGAAAUUGUGCACCUUUUAAUAAUAAUAAAAAAAAAUUAACCAUU